AGGAGGAAAUGCGAUUUGAGAAUGGAAGGAGAUACUAAGGAGCCGAAAGACUUGACUCAAUCGCGAACAAUCUUCACCAAUGCAAACAUCAAACUUAGCGGGAGCCCUGGCACUUCGCCUACCAACUCGCCGACACCUGGGGUUGGCUACAACCACAAGAUGUCAGGGAUCCCGUUCGUGGCGGCUGCGAAUCGCUACACGGCCCCGGUUCACAUAGACGUUGGCGGCACCAUCUACACAUCUUCUCUUGAGACUCUUACCAAAUAUCCAGAAUCUAGAUUAGCUAAACUAUUCAAUGGCACCAUACCGAUAGUCUUGGAUUCAUUGAAGCAGCACUACUUCAUCGACAGGGAUGGAGGGAUGUUUCGCCACAUCCUCAACUUCAUGAGGAAUUCUCGUCUUCUCAUUCCAGACAACUUUCCAGAUCUUGAUCUUCUGCUUGAAGAAGCCAGAUACUUCGAAAUUCAACCAAUGAUCAAACAGUUGGAAGAAAUGAAGAAAGAAAGAAAUGAUAAGAAAAGCAGUAUUAAGAACGGAGGCAGCCAAGAGACCUGGGAGUGUGCUGCAUUACAUGUUUGUCCAGAUCUUGGGGAAAGGAUAAUGCUAUCUGCUGAUCGUUCCCUUCUUGAUGAGGUAUUUCCUGAAACUGGUGAAGGAGGUGUGGAUGCUAGGGUUGGUGCAGCAUGGACAUGUCAAGGUGACAGCAGACAAGUCAUCCGUUUCCCAUUGAACGGUUACUGCAAACUAAAUUCUGUCCAAGCAAUGACUAGACUCCUCAAUGCUGGUUUCAAAGUUGUAGGAAGUAAUGGUGGCGGAGUUGAGGGACAACAGUUUUCAGAAUAUCUAUUAGUGAGGAGAGCAACACUUUGACUGUUCAAAAAUUAUCUUUUGUGAUCAAAUCAUACCAGAGAUUACCUCAAACUGGUUUAAUAAGUGAAAAUUCCAAACUUUGUUGUUAUUUCUAUGUUUAAAUCCAAUUUAAUGUAGACACUGUUAAUUUUGUAAUUAGCAUUUCCUCUGCUUAUGAAAAUAAUUGGCAUGAGCAUUUCUAUGUGUAUAUUACAUGUUUUUCUUUCAGAUAUACGCACUCUUUACUUGUAACUUAGAUUCCUCAUGAGAAAGACAUGUACUUUCUGUAAAUAUUAUUUGUUUCUAAGACUACUGCUAAUGGCUAUGCAGGAUCUUUUACUUCAAUUCUAUCAACUUGUAUUUUCUAUAAAAUAUCUUAAUAAAGUAUAAAGAUAAUUAUUCAUUAAAUGUUUAUCUUAUGUUCUUAUCAAUUUCAGUGGACAUGUAUAUAUAAUUAUUCUUAUUAACACAGUUGUUUAA